AUGGCAUCAGGUGGAGGGAACGCAGGAGGAGGAGGAGGAGUGGAGUGGCACGUGCGGCCUCCGAACCCUAAGAACCCAGUCGUCUUCUUCGACAUUACCAUCGGUACCAUUCCCGCUGGUCGUAUCAAGAUGGAGCUUUUCGCUGAUAUUGCCCCUAAAACCGCCGAAAAUUUCAGGCAUCGCCACUCUCGCAGUUCUGCACUGGCGAGUACAGGAUUGCCAGUUGGGUACAAGGGGUGCCAGUUCCACAGGGGUCCAUUAAGGGAUUUUAUGAUUCAAGCUGGUGAUUUUCUCAAGGGUGAUGGUAGUGGAUGUGCUUCCAUUUAUGGACAUCAGUUUGAUGAUGAGACUUUUGACGCCAAACACACUGGUCCUGGCCUUUUGUCAAUGGCAAAUAGUGGACCAAAUACCAAUGGGUGCCAGUUCUUUAUCACUUGCUCGAAAUGUGACUGGCUUGACAAUAAGCAUGUUGUGUUCGGGAGAGUACUUGGAGAUGGCCUUUUGGUAGUUAGGAAGAUUGAGAAUGUGGCUACAGGACCCAACAAUCGCCCCAAACUAGCUUGUGUAAUUGCUGAAUGGGCACAAUGCUUUUUAGAACAAAUAUUAGAUCAUUACGUAACACCAAAUCAGACACUUGAGCAACAGUACAAAGAAAGGAUAGAAAAAAACAAGGUCGGAGAUGAUGUCCAAGGCAAUUCGAAAGAGCUUAACAGCACCAACUGCGCAAUGAUCGGCAACGACGGAUUGCCGUUCUUGUCGGGGUGA